GUUAAUAUUGUACGCAUUAGGAAAAAUGCAAGGAACUGCGGGAAAGCAGUCUAUUUUCGUAAUCCGUCUUAACGGAUCAUAAUCUGCAAAUCACUCGCACUGAGUGUCGUCGUAGCAAAGACUCCAUUCGGCUAACAGGAAACUUCGACAGCCGCCCCUUUCCUUAAUAGAGAAUGUCCGGCGCGCUUGAACACGCACACGCAUACAAAAAAAGAAAAAGAAACAGAAGCGACUUUACUGGUCGCGGCGAGUGUUGUAGACCGUGUGUACAUGUCAUGGACGAGUAAUGCGCGACACCGCCGACGGCGCACAUAAACGCCGCCGCCGCCGCCGCUCUGUCGUCAUCCGGGUUACGGGGAGAGCGGUUCAACCACAACGAGAAGGUGCCGCGGAAGGCCAGCCUGAGUCGCCUUCGUCGGCGCCCGGUCUGCCCACGCGGCUCCCUCUCUACUCAACGCCGCCGACGCGACGAGGAGGACGCAUGCUAGCGCAGAAGUCGGCGCGAGGCGGCAAGGCGUAAGACACACUGGCCGUUCCUCCGGAACUCCGCGAGAGGCGGCGGUUGCUAUAACACGAUGUCGCUGCCACCAGGCGAAGGAACAGCUGCGCGUCAGAGGCAGAAUCCGAGUCGUAGCCGCGCGAUGAUGGGACCCGGCGCCUGCAUCGCCUGACGCGGCUACCCUCGAUGACCAGCCUGCCCGCUUGCUUGGGACGUGUUCGCACGCGUGACUGCGUCUUCUGACUGCGUGUGUGUGUGGCAGUGUCUGUGUGUGCUUGCGCGCGUCCCGCCGUUGUGUUUGAACAGUACAUACAGCUGGACGAGUCGUGUAGCCCACAGCAUCGCAAGCGUUAUGGUGCCACUUCGGAGGGCAGUUCACAGCUGCUGCUGCUGGCUUGUGGUCGUUUCGGCCCUGGCGAUUCUGCUAGUUGUCGCGGCCACCUCGGUGCCUCCGCCCCUCGGCACCUUCCAAGCGCUGCAAGCGCCAGAGAGCGCCGACGGGGCCAACUCGGUGCCAAGCCAAGUCGCCGACACGAGAGGCAAGACCGGGCUGUUACCGGACGCGGGCGCCGAGAUCGGGCUGGCUAGUGCGACUAAUUCCAGCGACCACGGUGAUGUCCCCGUAAGCGAGCGUCGGAGCGGUGGGUCGAAGAACGCGGCAGCGGAAUCUGCAGCGCCCUCUCGGCAGCCAGACGUUGGCGAGGAUGACGCCUCUAUUCUCGACGACGACUCGACACCGACCUCAGCGGGCCCAACUUCCUCGGAGGAGUCCAGAAUGGAGGCGCUCAGGGCGAUGGAGUCGGUGACGAUACGGCCGGAAGUGGGCGUUGUCGAUGCCAAGGACCAACAACUGAGCUUCCCCAAGGAGAACUCGGGCACCUUGGUGGCGCGCGGACCCGAGCCUGACAGGAGCCGGCGGCCGGAGUACGACUUCGACAACCCCACGAGCGGCGGCACCAACGUCUACAUCGUGGCCAUCGUGGGUGUGGUGCCCGCUGCUGGAGCGGUCAUCUGGUGCGUCCGAAAGAUGAUCACCAAAAACAAGGAGAACAAACAAAGUCCGGACGCGCCACCAGCAGACGAUGAAGACAAGGAGACGGUGGCGCAAGAUCCUCCGACCAAGUACAGCUACAUCCAGGACGCUUACAACAAGAUGUAUGCGAAGACCAUCAGCGAGUUAAUGCCUACGCAGAGUUCGGCGCCGCCGAAUCCUCGUGCCAGCGCUCCGGUGGCCUCGAGUCCAGACGAAGUGCCGCGAAACGACGUGCGGCUGGAGCGGGUGUUGGGCGAGGGCAACUUCGGCCGCGUCUGGAAGGCCACGGCGUACGGGCUCGGCGGCUUCAAGAGGUCCACGCCAGUCGCCGUCAAGACUCUCAAAGAGUACGCGACCAACGAGGAGAAGAGAGACCUGGUGCGCGAGAUGGGGCUCAUGCGGAAACUGGGCAAGCACCCGCAUGUCGUGCGCUUCCUGGGAUGCUGCACCUUGGACGAGCCCCCGCUGCUCAUCAUGGAGCUGGUCUCGCGUGGCAAGCUGCAGUCGUUCCUGCGCGAGCAUCGUUCCCAGGGGGCGUACUACAACGAGCCCGAGGACGACGGCUGCCUGGGGCCGCGGGACCUGGCACAGUUUGCACUGCAGGUGGCGCAGGGCAUGGACUACAUCCACAGGAAAGGGAUUAUUCACCGUGACCUGGCCGCUCGGAACGUGCUGGUGGACGAGCACAGCCAAUGCAAGGUGGCCGACUUCGGCCUAUCUCGCAGUGUUCGAGAUUCCGAGACGGACGUCUAUCAGCAGAAGUCCAAGGGCGCGCUACCUGUGCGGUGGAUGGCUCCGGAGUGCCUGUACCUGCAGGUGUUCACAGCAAAGUCCGACGUGUGGGCCUUCGGAAUCCUGCUGUGGGAGAUCGUGACGCUAGGUUCCACGCCGUACCCGGGCCUGAGCGCUCAGGAGGUGAUCCACGCAGUGCGCGACGGCCGCGUGAUGGUGCAGCCGGUGCACUGCCGCUGGGAGCUGUACCGGCUCAUGCGCGCCUGCUGGCACCCGGACCCCAAGGAGCGGCCGCCCUUCUCGAGGCUCGCCUCUGACCUUGACCAACUCAUAAAGCUGAACGCCGGAUACAUCGACCUGGACAACUUCCCCGAACACGCCUACUACAACCUCGAAUAUGGCGUGGACGAGAAGCUGUAGACGCCUCCGUUCGACGCCUAACGAUGCUGUGUGCUGCGGCUACAGGCGGCCUGCAGCUAAAGUUGCCCGACAUCAAACGUUUUUUCCUUCUUUUCCCCCCGUUACUAUCUGUGUGCAACGGCACACGAAUGAAGCACGGACACCUUCUGUUAUGUUACCACCAAGAGAGUGGCUGGCAGGCGAGGCAGCUGCCGUACUGGCGAGUGAGAGCUUCGAAAACUGUCCAGGUUGCCUGAUGGACCGCCAGUGCAUGUGUAGACGUCACAUCGGAAGUUCUCGAAAGUUUUUUUUUUUUCCCUUCAGAACGUUUGGCUUAUGCCAAGUUUGUUUGGCGACAGUCAUCGAAUUAUCUGAUCAUGCAGUUCGGUGUAGCAUUUGCGUGGCUACUAUAGCUUGUAUUUGAUUCCGAAGCGCGAGCUUUGCUGUACUGCUUGGUCGACGUGCGCGAAGACCCGAAUCUGCCGCCGGUUUCAUUUAUGUAUUUUGAAGAGAUACCUCACGGCUCUAAUCACUAAGAAGAGCUGUGGCAGUUCGCUGGUUACUGUACGGCGCGCUGCAUUGUAAAAGGUGCAUAAUAAGGGAAACGGCACGGUGUCCGCUGAGAGAACGCUGUAAAGCCCCCACAAAAAAAUACAUGGUACGGAGAAAAAAAAAAGGCAGACUGCAUAUAUCUUUCAAGAUGACCUUAUUCGUCGCUAGAAAUUUGCGUUCAACUUGGCCUUGUGUGUAUAGCUUCAUCAAACACUUUUAUUCGAGCCUGUGGUGAACAGCCGUGAAACAGCGUAGUGAUGCUUUAAUCAUCCCCACAGUAUCGGGAGACACUCCGCUCAGGUUGAAAUUUCCUGUGCCAUAAUUGCUUCCACACCAGCCAAUAUAGCUAAACUAAAAAGAAAAUUUCGUAGGUAUGCUAUCGGACGUGCUGAAUACAAGCUUUUCAACUGAAAAGCGCAAUGCGUGCUUAAUAAAUAAUAAGCCAGCUGCAUCGCCGAUGAGAAUCAUGACCUACACACAACUCGCAAGUCCAAACUAUGGAUCUAAAGGUUAGCUUGCAAAUGAAAAAAUACGCAGCAGCUACAUUAGUUCAACUGCAUCAUUUGGUUAGCGGACUGAUGAUACGGAAGACCAUAUGUGGCGCAUAUUUGGCAACAUGUGUACUUGUUAAAAGAACGUCACAUAAUUGGGUUGACCUAAUAAAUAGCGGCCACUUUGUACAUUGUAACUUCAACAUAGUCAGUUAUCUGGAUCAAUAAAAAUGGUAAUUGCUGAGUUCUCGCUAAUUAAUUCGCUGUUGUGAAAUUUGCGCCAGCUGUUUUUGUGAGCUUGUUCCAAUAACACUUCUAUUUACGUAGCUUCUAUAUUAUUUUCAUAUAUGACACGGAUAUAAACUUAUAUUUGAAGGCCUUAUGUGUGGAUAUAUGCAUACGAUGCGCAGGGUCACUAAACGGCAAAGAAAAAGAAUGAAAAUUAGACCGCAAUUGGUACAAGACGGCACGCGGUCCCUGACAUGCAUAUCAGAAUGCGCGAGAUCUGUCCUAAAUGUCAAGUAACGGGUUACGUUUCAAGAACUAAACGAAAAUAGUUUAUUCCUUGCACUCGAAGGCGAAAUUUAAGUUUCAUAUGGUGUGUCGUUAAGCGUGCCUUUGUCUUUUUUGUUGAACAUGUGUGUGUGUGUGUGUGUGUGUGUGUGAUUCGGCAUCACUCGACAAGAACUUAUCCAUGUGUUUUCUCUGUGCGAAGAACUCAGCGGGAAAUCGAUUCUGUGGAAGUGUUCGACGCGUUUCCGGACUUCCCAUUCGAAGGUCACAAUGUGUUCGUGCCAAGUCGAGUGCGUUGACUGGGACUGCGCGCCCUUUGGUGUGAACCCCGCGAGUCAAGUGAACACUAAUGAGUGCGGUGUGUCGUGUGCGCGACUCCUUAUAUGUCGCCCAUGAGCAGCGAGACAUCGUGACAAGUUUGUUAAGCACCGGCACUUCGUCGAACUCAGCUGGAGACGAAGUUUGUGACAGGCCAUCUGGGAGCAAGCUGUAAGCACAAGCUCGGAAACCCUUACAACGGACGUGUGGCGCAGUUUCAAAUAUUACGCCGUGCUAACAACAUUGCGUGCACAACAUUCGAAGGCGCCUUCGUUAUUUACGCAUAGGCACUCUCUUUAUAUUUACGUACAUUCAGUGCCAGUCUAGUUCUCUCUGUGCAUUGCACCUUUCCACACGGGCACCGAUUACUGCACUUUUGUCAUUCAGCGUGUUGGAACGUUUCUUAGAUAUUUGUGUGUAUGUAUGUGUCUUAUUGUUUUCCUAAUUAAUCUUACGUGUGUAUUGUGAUUAGACUUUCGAAGUUUCGUUGACCACUAGAUAAAACUGUACGGUGAAGAAAGAAAGAAUAGGGAAAAGAAAAGAAUGCAGCAUAUUAUUAUUCUUGUGCAUGUGAGCACGCCAUGCAAUGAUGGCACAUGCUUCUGUUCGAUCUCAUAUAUAUUGCUGGUCUAGAAACAUAAAUAGCCGGAGCUAGGUAGGUACCCUUAUUAUUCCUCCAAGUCCUUGUGCGAACGCUCUCUUUCUCCAUUCGCAUAACGAUGAACCAUUCAGCGCAAUACGAGGCCUCAGUGACCCCGUUAUUCAUCUGGGUUGCCUUAAAUGCAUAGUCAGGGAAAGCCUUUGAGCAGUUCCGGGUCACUUUCAGGACUACGCAUAUUUUUUUAACGCCGGCUAUACAAUAAAAAGCAAAGAAACAAAAAUUAUGUAGUGCGCUGUCUCAGUCCAUAAAAGAGAGUGGGCAGCGUGACCAGCUUUGGCGAAUUGUUUUGCAUCUGCCACUUGACGGGUGCAACACUUCAGACGGCGACAUGAGCGCGACUUUUUCGGGCCGCGAUAUCACAGCACACACGACAAGAUGAGUGAACUUCAGUGUAUGUGUAAGAGCAAGGUAGUAUGCUGAGCCAGCACUUCCUGAAAAACAUACUGAGGCUUGCGCGCUUUCAGCCAUGACGUCACGCGGGAAGGCCGGCAGCCCGUGCAUUUUUUUUUUUUUUUUUUACUAGGGAAUGCGAGCGACGCUUAGCGUGAUUGUUAUUCGAAAGCUUGGUGUUCAGUGGGAGCGUCAACCUUCCUGAAUGUUCUCACAGUAAGAGCGUGCAAGCCUUCUCUUACCUUCUAUAGAGCAAUGUGAGUAGGUGUCAUGCACUGCUUGCUUAGUUUUUACAUGGGGCACGUGUUGGUGGUUUUAGCUUCAAAAGAGACUCGAAACGAAAACGUCAGGAUAGAGUUGUAGAUUACACUCUUGAAAUAACCAUUGAGUGGCUUCUCCUGAGAGGGCAGCCUUGACACGCCAGAAAAUGACGUAAGAUCACACGGAAUAUGGCCACCCUGUCUGUGAAAUUUUCUCGCCUGCUGAGUUACGUCGGAUGUUGUGAGAACAUCUGACCCGGAAGGCUUAAUCGACUGCCAAUAAAGAACGAUUGCGUAGUAUUCAAAAGAAACAAAAGUUUACUAUGAAAGCAUUCGUUGAUGUUUUUUUGUGCGCAAAAAAGGCCCAGAUUCGUAGUAUUAAGACUUAAUUCCGAAUGCAAAUCUGUUACAUAACAUCGUCUCGGCGGUAUGGCCGCAAAGUUCAGAAGUAUGUUUGGCAUUCAGUUUCUGUGCUUUCGUAUUCUUCUUCGUUUUUGUUUUGUUUGUUUUUCAUCGGACAAAUGCAGACAGUGUUACCAGCGUAGUAAUACAUAUAAAUGUGCACCCUGGUAUAGUAUAUUGUUUUUGUGUCCAUUGAGGCGCCAUGUCAUUGAAAUGAAACUCGUACAGAUUUUUCAUGAUCUUAGUUCAAAUUCGGCUCUUUUUAUGCUGUAGGUAUCCCCAGCUUAUAGUACCCUCUGUGCAAAAUAUUUAGACGCCGCUCCCCAAGUGAGUAACGCUUUCUUUAAGUAUACUGCAAGUCUUUGUGUAGAUUGAAUUGCGCUGCAAAGACAUGCAAAGAAACAAACAAACAAACAAAUGAACAAAAACAUCUCUAUUUGUAUACUAUACGAGUGCACGGCGGCCGCAUUUCGAUGGGGGCGAAAUGCGAAAACACCUGUGUACUUAGAUUUAGGUGAAUGUUAAAGAACCCGAGGUGGUCCAAAUUUCCGGAGUCCCCCACUACGGCGUGCCUCCUAAUUAGAUCAUGAUUUUGGCACGUAAAACCCUAUAAUUUAAUUAAUCUAAUUUAAUUAAUUACUAUACGAGAGUCUGAAGCUAUGCACAAGGCUGACUACACAACAAUGAGAGGCACCGGCAGAACGUGGGCGAAGUAAGAUUUAAAUUUCUGUCACAGGGGUUACAUGCUUGGUCAUUCACAAGCCGGCCUUGUGUUGAAACUCUGAAACAGACGAAUAUUUGAUAGUGAUUUAUAAACUAUGCUUUUUAAACGCAUUCUUUGUAUUUACGUUUCGUUCUGUGCACGGCCAUUUAUAGUUCCCAAUUACUGAGACCCACCAGUGUGUUUUUGAUGUCACUUAAAUGUGGUCUUCAGUUUCGCUGAAAGACUGUGUAUAUAGACAAAAACAUAAGUGAAUAAAAGGCAUUCGUUGAUGCA